UCGAAAUCGGGUGACGAGAGCGUUAGUCUAGCGGGUGAUAUCGCGUUUUACAAAAAGGAAUGUAAUUCCCUUCAACGGCAGCUGGAUGCUCUCAGUACCUUUUUGACAAAUGAUCGCUUAAAAGGUUUGGAUGAAGCAGAUAUUUCGGCUCGGCUUAAGCAUGCCGAACGCAUGCAGUCAAACUUUGAGAAUGCUCGCUCAGCCCUCAAGCGACUGGACAGGAAGGAAUUCGAGUCGGAUUCGGACGAAAACUUUUUCAAGGCAUAUAUUGAGCUUGAAGCGAAACUCAAUCGUGAACUAAAAUCUAAGCAAAAGGCUUGUGGCGCGCACUCAUCGACUCUACGAGCCUUCUCCUGGGAAGAAGCUGCGGUACAGCCUUCCCAACGACGGUCCAGACUACCUGAGCUGAAAAUUCCAGUUUUUAGCGGCUCAUAUCUCGAUUGGCCAUCGUUCUUCAGUACAUUUACUUCAGCAAUAGAUAAGGACAUGGAGAUGUCCAAAUUGGAAAAAAUGCAAUAUUUGAUCACCAGCCUCGAUGGAGCAGCUUUAGAUACCAUCCGCUCACUUGAUCCCACUGAAGAAAAUUAUAGCAAAGCAUUAGAUUUACUAAAAGGACGUUUUGAUAAUAAAUUGCUUAAUUUUCAGGCUCACAUAAAGGCAAUUUUCGGGCUACAACGUGUAGAGGAGGGCAUUUCAAGCGGAUUACGAAAAUUAAGCGAUCAAGUAAACGCCCAAACGCAAACUUUGGCAACUACAGAAGAAACAUAUAAUGGCUUACUCAUUCAUCUCGUGACUAGCAAACUAGAUCUACACACGCACGAAAAUGGGAGGAGAACUUGUCUACUCAAAAAUUACCGACCUGGCUAG